AUGAAUGACGCGCCGACAUCUAGAGAGUACUUCAAGCCAGCUUUGCUGGUGGUGGACAUGCAGGAAGACUUUUGCGGGCCUAGUGGAUCGUUAGCAGUGGAAGGUGGACGGGACAUAGCACCGACAAUCAACAGCCUCCUCUCUCUGCCGUUUGCCCUGAAGAUAGCGACGAAGGACGCACAUCCUCAAGGCCACGUCUCCUUUGCAAUAUCCCAUCCCCCCCCAAACAACAAAGCCUUCGAGUCUGCUGUCAAGAUCUCCAAUCCGAUGCGACGACGAAGGACAAGAUCUGGAAGGGUGGGUGGAAGCAACAUCAUUAAGACUACCACAUCUAAUGAUAAGUCUCAUUAUAGCAGUAACUGCAUACCCAGGUAUUUAUCAGACAGGACCCAAUUUCACGAGAUACCGCUUUGGCCGGUGCAUUGUGUUCAAGGUACGAAGGGAGCCGAGAUCAUUCCAGAGAUAGACGUAUCAAAGUUGGAUGAAGUGGUUGAGAAGGGGAAGGAUAGCGGGUUAGAGAUGUUCUCUGGUUUUGCGGAUAUUUUCGGAAGCAAAUCACCGGAGGCAGCCUCGCAAGAUCUUGCCGGAUUGCUUCACUGCGCUGGAAUAACAACGGUCUUCGCCGUGGGCUUGGCAGGAGAUUAUUGUGUCAAAUGUACGGCUCUUGAUGCAAAGAAAGAGGGAUUCGAGGUCUAUGUGGUCAAGGAAGCCACGAGAAGUGUGGAUGCUGGCGAGAAUGGGUGGGGCAAAGCCACAAAGGAGAUGAGGGAGGCUAGGAUCGAGAUCAUCAGCGUCGAAGGUCCGGAAAUGGCGAGAGUCAAGAGCUUGAAGUGA